AUGCUUACAGUGAGCGUUAAAUGGCAAAAGAAAGUGUUGGAAAAGGUUGAAGUUGAUACAACACAACCUCCUUAUGUCUUCAAGUGCCAGUUGUUUGAUUUGACUGGCGUACCCCCUGAGAGGCAGAAGAUUAUGGUAAAGGGUGGUUUGUUGAAGGAUGAUGCAGAUUGGACAGCUAUUGGAGUAAAGCAGGGUCAAAGGCUGAUGAUGAUGGGAACUGCGGAUGAGAUUGUGAAGGCCCCCGAAAAGGGCCCUGUUUUCGUAGAAGAUCUUCCAGAAGAAGAACAAGUUGCUGCUGUGGGUCAUACUGCUGGUUUGCUUAACCUAGGGAAUACCUGCUACAUGAAUUCGACUGUACAAUGCUUGCAUUCGGUUCCAGAAUUGAAGUCUGCUUUACUCAAAUAUCCAUCUGAAAGAAGAAAUGAGGUGGACCAAACAUCUCAUAUGCUGACCGCUGCAACUAGGGAAUUAUUUAAUGAACUUGACAAGAGUGUGAAGGCUGUUGCACCUAUGCAAUUUUGGAUGGUACUUCGCAAAAAGUAUCCACAAUUUGGCCAAAUGCACAAUGGCUAUUUCAUGCAACAGGAUGCUGAAGAAUGUUGGACACAACUUCUGUACACACUUUCACAGUCUCUCCGGGGAUCAAGCAGUGGUACAAGCGAAAAUGCUGAUGCGCUGAAGGAUGUGUUUGGCAUUGAGCUUCUAAGCAGGGUUCACUGCCAGGAAAGUGGUGAAGAAAGUUCAGAGACAGAAUCUGUCUAUUCACUAAAAUGCCACAUAUCUCAUGAGGUGAACCAUAUGCACGAAGGACUGAAACAUGGUUUGAAAUCGGAAUUGGAGAAGGCGUCUCCUGCCUUGGGACGUAGUGCAAUUUUCUUGAAAGAAUCCCGUAUCAAUGCGUUACCAAGGUACUUAACUGUCCAGUUUGUUCGCUUUUUCUGGAAGAGGGAGUCAAAUCAGAAGGCAAAGAUUUUGAGGAAAGUGGAUUAUCCGUUGGAGCUGGAUGUCUAUGACUUGUGUUCAGAAGAUCUUCGCAAGAAACUAGAAGCACCACGCAAGUUGUUGAGAGAUGAAGAAGGCAAAAAGCUCGGUUUAAAGGGAAAGGAGAAGGCUGAUUCAAAGGACACUGAUGUCAAGAUGACUGAUGCAGAGGGAUCAUCCACUGCAAGUGGUGAAUCAUCAAAAGCUGCUACCUUGAGUGACGGUGCCCCAUCAGACAAAGAAGCACAGCUUACCGGAGUGUAUGAGUUGGUUUCGGUCCUCACCCACAAGGGAAGAAGUGCCGACUCGGGCCACUAUGUCGCCUGGGUCAAGCAGGAAAACGGAAAAUGGAUCGAGUUCGAUGAUGAUAGUCCCAUACCACAGAGAGAAGAAGAUAUAGUGAAGCUCUCUGGAGGAGGUGAUUGGCAUAUGGCGUACAUUUGCAUGUACAAGGCCCGCACGGUACCCAUGUAG